GUCAAACUAAUAUAAAAACAUUCACCAAUAAGAUCUAUAUUCUUGACAUAAGGAAUUACACCUGGGUUACCUCGGCAAAUUUAACUAUACUUCCAACAAUUACUAGCCAGCCGACUAUUCCACAAAAUAAUGAUAAUCUAUAUUAUGGUAUUGGUAGUGGCGAGGAAUGGUUUAAUAUUGAUAGUUCU